GGGGUGGACUUUAGGAGGGGAGGCAGACAGGUACCCCAGCCCCUCCACGCAACAUCUGGUGGAGCUAUCAGAAGGCGAGGAAAGCAAAGGGGGCUGUUGAAGAUACUGAGGUGGUGGAUUGUACUCUUUCACUCUCUCUCUCUCCCUCCCUCCAUGUAUCUCUCUUCCCACUGAACCCCCUGAAGGUGACGUGACACAUUCCAUGCUAGGAGUUCUAUCUGGUGCCUUGGACCUUGAGGUGUACAUCUGCACACCCUUAGCCUCAACAAGAACACCCUCCACCUCCACCUAGUCAUUCCUCACUGUGCCCAUCAUCCCCUUGUAUCCCAGUCUGAUCCAGACAGCAUAAGCCCAUCUCACAUCUGAGGAACGUCUGAGGGACCCGUGGCACCACACAAAGGCGGAGCCAGCCCCAUGGUGCAUAAGAACUCAGGAAAGAUGAGCAACCACAUCUAGCAGAUCUUUUUUGUCUUUUUCAGAGCAAAGUGUGCAAGAAAUAGGGGGAGAGACAUACUCCUGUGAAAUAAAGAGAGGGAACAGGACAGGGAGAAACAGAAGAGGAUGCCUUUUGGGGGGUUUUCGGGGCUGAAGGAGCGGGUUCUGAAACCAGGGAAGGAGGAGGUGAAGAAUACAGUAGGAGACGGUCUGGGGAACCUGCAGAGAAAAAUUGAUGGGACCAAUGUGGACGAGGAUGACCAGAUGGAGCUCACGGACGACGGGCAACCGAUGGCUCCUCGCCACAAUGCCCCUCUGUUUGACUGCGGUUGCUGCGGCCUGCCCAAGCGCUACAUCAUCGCCAUUCUCAGUGGACUGGGCUUCUGCAUCUCAUUUGGCAUCCGUUGCAACCUGGGGGUGGCCAUUGUGGAGAUGGUCAACAACAACACAGUCUACAUCAAUGGGACACCUGUACUCCAGCCAGCUCAAUUCAACUGGGACCCAGAGACUGUGGGACUGAUCCAUGGCUCCUUCUUCUGGGGUUACAUCGUCACACAGAUCCCUGGAGGCUUCAUCUCCAACAAGCUGGCCGCCAACAGAGUGUUUGGGGCGGCCAUUUUUCUCACGUCCAUACUGAAUAUGUUCAUCCCUUCAGCAGCCAGAAGGCACUACGGCUGUGUCAUGUUAGUCCGCAUCCUGCAAGGCUUGGUGGAGGGUGUUACCUACCCUGCAUGCCAUGGGAUGUGGGCCAAAUGGGCCCCUCCCCUGGAGAGAAGUCGACUGGCCACCACCUCAUUCUGUGGUUCCUAUGCAGGUGCUGUGAUUGCCAUGCCUUUAGCAGGAGUCCUGGUUCAGUUUGUUGGAUGGCCCUCGGUCUUCUAUAUCUAUGGUGUAUUUGGGAUUAUAUGGUACAUCUUCUGGCUCCUGCUUGCCUAUGGGAGCCCAGCCGCCCACCCCACUAUAAGCGAUGAGGAGCGGAUCUACAUAGAGACCACCAUUGGCGUGGGUGUCAAAAUAUUGAGCGCCACUGAGAAAUUCAAGACUCCAUGGCGCCGUUUCUUCACCUCCAUGCCUGUCUAUGCCAUCAUCGUGGCUAACUUCUGCCGUAGCUGGACCUUCUAUCUGCUCCUCAUCAGCCAGCCAGCCUACUUUGAGGAGGUGUUUGGCUUCUCCAUCGGCAAGGUGGGGCUCCUGUCUGCUGUGCCUCACAUGGUGAUGACCAUCGUAGUGCCCAUCGGUGGCCAGCUAGCCGACUUCCUACGCAGUCGUAAAAUCAUGUCAACUACAAACGUCCGGAAAAUCAUGAACUGCGGAGGUUUUGGAAUGGAGGCGACUCUGCUGCUGGUGGUGGGGUUCAGUCACACACGUGGGGUUGCCAUAUCCUUCCUGGUGCUAGCUGUGGGCUUCAGUGGCUUUGCCAUCUCAGGGUUCAAUGUAAACCACCUGGACAUUGCUCCUCGCUAUGCCAGUAUCCUAAUGGGCAUCUCCAAUGGUGUUGGCACACUGUCUGGAAUGGUGUGCCCCCUUAUUGUUGGAGCACUGACUAAACACAAGACCCGUCUGGAGUGGCAGAACGUGUUUGUGAUAGCCGCCAUGGUGCACUACACAGGGGUCAUCUUCUAUGCUAUCUUCGCCUCAGGCGACAAGCAGGAAUGGGCAGAACAAGAGAGCACCAGUGAAGAUAAGGUCGGUAUUAUCGAUGAGGAUGAGCUGGCCGAAGAGACAGAGCUCAACAGCGAGAUUGCCAUGGUACCCAAGAAAAGCUAUGGAACCACAGAGAACUCAUCAGGUCGCAAACAGGGCUGGAAGAAGAACAGAGGAGUCACCAUGCAGGAGGAUAAGGAUGAUGGGAACUCGCACCAGGGGAAUGGGAACUACCAGGAGCAGUUUCAGUGAUGCGCCCUAAUAAUCAGGGGCAUUGGCUGUAUAGAUUCUCCAAAUUUUUCCUGGAGUGUGCACUUGCACACUUUCUCGCAUAGAAAACCUGAGGAGGCUUAAUGGGAGGAGCUAUAGGAGGAUGGGCUCAUUGUAAUGGCUGGAAUGCAAUGAAUGGUACGAAGUCAAACAUGUGGUUUCCAUAUAUUUUAUGUGUUUGAUACCUUUCCAUUUAUUCCAUUCCAACUCCUACAAUGAACCCGACCUCCUAUAGCUCCACCCACAUGUCUCCUCUGGUGGAAACUCCCUCCAGUCAUUGCUUACACCAAUCCUAUGCUUUUAUAUCCAUGCCAUGGAGUGUGCAAAUGCCCACUUCUGGAAAAGGUUAUAGAACCAGGACACAAAAGUAUCUCUAUUGACCCCCUAUUCACUGUGCACUACUACUACAGGGAAUAGGGUGGCACAGUCACUUGAGCAGCACUGCAGGACUUCCCCUUCACAUCAACGUCCAGUGAAGGAAGAAGAGUCAAAUUCACACAGCCCGGCAGAACUAUCAGUGGUCAUUCUUCUGAGAAGUUACAGAAGAAUUUACAGCAUCUAUCAUUUACCACAAACUGACCUUAUGUUGUUGUUUGGUCAUUUGUGACAACCACCUCUAUUCGGUCUUAUGUUGCAAAAUUUGAAAUGGUGUUUUUUACAUAGGAUAAAAGUAGAGCUACAAAAUAGCACAUCAUACUCUGCCGUUGAGGAACAAUGGGAAAGUAAUUCUGCUUUGAAAGUCGAACAACUUCUAACCCCACUUUUGAGAAAAUGGCCCUUUGUCUACACCUAUUCAGCAUUGUUUACACCCUCUUAAGCCCCACCCAUCUCUUUAAUGAUUCACAUGUGAGGCCAUGUGCUAAACAGAGUGAGUAAGGUAGUGUAGUAAACAACCAAAGAUUUCAAGACUAAAAGUGGUGAAAGUAGUAGCCUACAAUAAGGAAAAACACCAGGUAAAAAAUAGACUUUAUCUAGUCCUUGGCCUAUAUCCUAAUCUGACUUUGGUACAGGUCAUGUUGUUCUUCACAUUACUGUCUAUUGUAAACACACACUAUAUCAAAUCAAAUCUAAGUUUAUUUGUCACAUGCACAGGAUACAGAAGAUGUAAAUGGUUACUUGCGUAUUUGCAUAGUAGCAAUAUCAAAAAUAAAAAUUGUCCAUUCACUUUUGUCUAGACAUGUACACAUGUUCAUGAAAUCCAAUAGAUGGCUGUAAUCACCCCCAGUCACACCUGGCUAACUUGAUGGUUCAUGUAAUCAUCUGGCAAAUUGGAGUAUUUUGUUUAGACAUGUGAACCAUAAACUAAACCCAUAGUACUAGUAAUACAAACGGAUUGUCAUAGCUACCUACCUACCAUGCAUGAAAUGCUGUAGUAUGAAUCUGCAGGUAGCCAAAGCUAACCAACUUGGUUAAAUGUUAGCUAACUAGCUAACAUUUGGCUAUAACUAGCAAUGCAAAUGGUUUCUGAAAUAUGAAUAAUAUUACUACACAGAUCAUACUGUAAUGUUAGCUAGCGAGCCAGCGAGCUAACAUUCGCUAGCUAGCUAACAGUGGGCUUUAACUUGCAAUGAAAACAGCUUUGACAAAAUUAGAAACCUAUAAUAUGUAGCUAGACUCUUACCUGUAUACAUGGAUGAAUGCUUCACGGGAGACUGGAAACCUUUUAACUAAGUAAGACGUACUGUGUCGUUUCCGUUUUGUUUGUACAGCUUGUUUGGCCUGCUGUGUCAAGUCACUCCGGUUUACACUGACUGUGUACAGAAAGUAGUCCAUCACAACUUUUUUCCACUGAUCUUUGUCAAUAGGACCAGCUACAUUCUGGGCAGCAAUGCUGUUGAGAGCAGUAGCAAAACUUGUGCAGUUCUCCAUGACUAAUGUUAUAUAUUUCAAAAACGUUGUGGUAGCAAGGACUAUCUACACAUACUGAGCAGCUCAAGUUAGCUAAAGACAGAAACAUGCUACAUGGCAGACCAAUCUGAACUCAUCUCUUGGCAUGUCCAGCCCAUCCAUUAUCUCAGCCAAUCAUGGCUAGCGGGAAGGUUCCUGUCUUUUUCCGUGGCUAAACCAACUCGGCUCGUAAUUUAACAAUUUUAUUCGUAUUUACAGAUGGCAUACAAGUUUGUUAUUAAGGGAAUUUCAUGUGAAAUUUCACAUGUUCCAGAAAGCAUUUCUGUCCAAAAAACCUGAUGUAAUAAUUCCGUUAAAAUGCCUCUCCUGUGAAGUAGUGACGUGUGACUUACGCCUAGCUUCCUGAAACGGGUCACAUUUCGUCCAUUUGACGGUUUUACCUCAUACCAAGAAAUAUUUUCAUUAUUAUGUGGUCCCUGAUGAUGAGGUCACAUUUUCAGUUACAAAGUAUUGAGCCGGAGGCUGAGUAAGUGUUGUCGUAUCAGAGACAAAUUAGACACAUUUGUCUGAUAGGAACUCAUUACAACAUUUGAUGUAAAAAUAUAUAUAUUCAGCUACUUGAAUGUAUUCAAUGUAUUCAACUUGGGUAUAAUAUAUAAUCUCAUAUUUCCCAUUUGUAAAGUCGUAAAAAACGACAUAAUUGUGUUCAAGUUUUGAAGUCAAAACAAUUAUCAGACCAAUAAGAGACCAAUAAGCUAGCUAGAUGAGCUAACUAACAUUGAUAAUAAUAAAGUAAGCUAGCUUACUAACAUUUUCAACAAUAAUGUUAAACUAGCUACAUUAUCCACAUUGUCAAAGUUUAACUAUGUGAAAAAUGGCUUUGAUUUAUCAUGGGGAAGGCCAGUGAUUAAAUGUCACAACUCAUAAACUUGCGAAUCAAAAUGAUCCCCACUUUCCCAAUUAUCCCCACUUUCCCACUUUGAGGAUCGUUCAAGUGGUUAUUUCCAACCUGGAACCUUGUAAUUCCACAUUUCCGACAGCACUUGAAGGCAGCAUCAGACAUGACAAAUUUAUACAUUCAUAUUUUAUGUCAUUAUAAAUCAAAUCAACAUCAAAAUUGUAUUUAUCAAGCACUCAUUUAUACAGUAUUGGUCUGUACAUAAAAACCGAUUGAUCAAAUGCAAGAUCAAUCAAACAUACAAAUAUUCAUAAAUGGAUACCACAUCAGAAUUUCUACGACACAUGGUUUUGAUACACUAACAUGUUUUUAACUCAAUUUAUCGGAAUCUAAAGAAACAUAACACUUCUGUCAUACCUCUCUCUCUCUUCCUUACAACUGCUGACCAACUUCCUUUGCAUUGUAAGUGCAGAUGAAACCUACUGUAGUGUGGCUUACCUUUAAUUUAAUGUAAAUAGCUUUGUUUGGUGUCAGCUAUGCAACUAAGGGGUAUGUGCAUAUCAUGCAUGUGACUGGUUUGCUUUCCAAUAAGAAGACCACAAUGUUAAAAUGAUCUGCCUUUUUUGUUGCUUGUACCGAUUUGCUACUGUUCAGUGAUGACACUCUACCACAGCAUUCAGCCUGCUGUCCAUGCCUUAGCAGGCCCUAGUCCCACUGUUCCCCAUUAAUGCACUAUUUUCAGCAUUGCUAUAUGUAAUGUUGGUGCUGUAAGCUCUCAGUAAGACAAAUGUACUGUGGAAGGUAAAACUGCACAUAUUCUCCAAUUCAAUAUCUCAUGGAGUGGGUUGAUGUCACAUAUCAUCAUGCAAUCAUCUACUGUUGAUCUAUUUGAUAUUCAUGUUUAUUCCCAAAAAUAUUUAAACAUUUUCUGAAUGUAAAUAAGAGGUAGAUUGACUACUCCUCAAACUACUGCAAUCUAUUGAUGCAAUUACAUUUUAGUCAACAUUAUAUGGGAUAAAUAUUAUUGCUAUUUUUGGGACUAUAAAAUCAGUGAUACAUGGAUUGUUUAGUUUUUUGGAACAGUAUAUAAUUAUUUAUCCUAUUGUUUGUGGAAUAGUUUAUUUAAUAUAUGGACUUUACUAUUUUCAGAUUUGCCAGCUUUUAACCUAAUAUGAUCUAUUCGAGGUUUAUUGUUUAAAAAAGUAACCACACUGAACAAGUCUUAACUAUGGAUCAUUGAGUAAUGUAAACCAAGUUUGUUUUCAUUUCACCACUGAUUGUUCAUUUCAAAGUUCUUUGUGGUAAAUCCACCAUCAAGUGCAAUUCGUCAAUUGUUUUAUUUCAAAAUAAAUCAUACAGUUUGAAACACAAUUUGUCCCAUUGUAAAUGGGGGCAAAGCUGCUUUCA